AUGAAUGCCUGUGGGAGGUGGAACCACCAUACCCCCAUCCCAUGGGGUUACUACGGCAAUGCACAUUUCUCUCCUGUAGCACAAGUAACAGUCGAUGAGCUCGGCAGACAGCUGCUCAUCGACAUGGUUGAGCUUGUGCGCCAAACAAAGCUCAGUGUGACAGCAAAGGAGUGCAUGGAAUCCAUGUUGGAGACAAUGGCAUCCACGCGGAACAGACUUUGUGAAGAUCCAACAAGAACAUACGAGGUCUCUAACACAAAAUGGAUUGCAGUAGGGAAUGGUUUGCAGCUUGGGUGGGCUGAGUUUGUGGGUGGUGGCAUACAAGUGGCUGGUGACAUUACUUCCAAGAUAGGAAGCGAUCAUAUGAGGUGCAAGAACCAAGACGGGGAGGACUCAACGGUGGUGUCACUGCUAUUGCCAAGGUCAGCAAUGGAGAGGUUCAAGAAGGAGAUGGCUGUUUGGCUGAACAAACAUGAUGAGAAGAGUUUAAUUAUAGAGAGUUCCCUCUAG